AGGGCCGCCCGGCUGCAGCAGGUGGGAGCGGGGCUGUUGAUAUCAAUAUGGCGGUUGUCAGCCAGACAAAGACAGUCAGUCUGAUGUGAUUGAGACAAGGGAGGUUUUCUGGGGGGAGACUGGGAGAUAGGGGCCUCCCCUCCCCCUCCUCCUCUUCCUGCGCGGACCUCCACCCCUCCCCAGUCCGCUCCCGACCGGCUCCCCGCGCGGAAGACACCCUUCCCCCUCCCGCUCUCCCCUCCUCCCGGUUCAGCCCUUCGCACCGGGACGUUGGGGAGGGGGCUGUGCCGCGCGGAGAGAACUCAGCAACGAUUCCGAGAAUGGUAAAUAGCGCUGAUCAUCUCUAGAAAGGAUAUUACUUCACCUCAUGUAAAGUAUGCUCAAUUCCCUCCCAGUAGUUUUGUUGGAAACCAUGUCUCACUAUACAGAUGAACCCAGAUUUACAAUAGAACAGAUAGAUCUGCUUCAGCGCCUUCGGCGUACUGGAAUGACUAAACAUGAAAUCCUCCAUGCCUUGGGAACUUUGGACCGUCUUGAUCAAGAGCAUAGUGACAAGUUUGGAAGAAGGUCCAGCUAUGGAGGAAGUUCAUAUGGGAAUAGUACCAACAAUGUUCCAGCAUCUUCCUCUACAGCUACAGCUUCCACACAGACCCAGCAUUCGGGAAUGUCCCCAUCGCCUAGCAACAGUUAUGAUACCUCCCCACAGCCUUGCACUACCAAUCAAAAUGGGAGGGAGAAUAACGAGAGAUUGUCCACAUCCAAUGGAAAGAUGUCACCGACUCGCUACCAUGUAAACAGCAUUGGUCAGAGGUCAUACAGUUUUGAAGCCUCAGAAGAGGACCUAGAUGUAGAUGAUAAAGUGGAGGAAUUAAUGAGGAGGGACAGCAGUGUGAUAAAAGAGGAAAUCAAAGCCUUUCUUGCCAAUCGGAGGAUUUCCCAAGCAGUUGUUGCACAGGUAACAGGCAUCAGUCAGAGCCGGAUCUCUCACUGGCUGUUGCAGCAGGGAUCAGACCUGAGUGAGCAGAAGAAAAGGGCAUUUUACCGAUGGUAUCAACUUGAGAAGACAAACCCUGGGGCUACGCUAAGUAUGAGACCAGCCCCCAUUCCAAUAGAAGACCCAGAAUGGAGACAAACGCCUCCCCCAGUCUCUGCUACAUCUGGCACCUUCAGAUUACGACGAGGUAGUCGAUUUACCUGGAGAAAAGAGUGUCUCGCUGUAAUGGAAAGUUACUUCAACGAGAAUCAAUAUCCAGAUGAAGCAAAGAGAGAAGAAAUUGCAAACGCUUGCAAUGCAGUCAUACAGAAGCCAGGCAAAAAACUGUCAGACCUGGAGCGAGUUACCUCCCUGAAAGUGUACAAUUGGUUUGCCAACAGGCGGAAGGAGAUCAAGAGGAGAGCCAAUAUCGAAGCAGCAAUCCUGGAGAGUCAUGGGAUAGAUGUACAGAGUCCAGGGGGCCAUUCCAACAGUGACGACGUCGACGGCAACGACUACUCCGAGCAGGAUACUUGGCAAGUACGCAAUGGGGAGGAGGAGGAGGGAAGAAGUUCAGAGGGAGGCAGAGAAGCAGAGAAGGAUGACAGCACUAGCCAUAGUGACCACCAGGACCCCAUCUCACUCGCUGUGGAAAUGGCAGCCGUCAACCACACCAUCUUGGCAUUGGCCCGACAAGGAGCCAACGAAAUCAAGACAGAGGCCCUGGAUGACGACUGACCGGGGAGGGCGACGUGAGAGUAACUUAGUUUAGACGUAGCACCUUAGCAGACUUUCCCCGGUCCUUAACACGUGUUCUCACAGUAUAACUUGCAGUUUCUUGUAUGUCAGUUAGCCGUUAGGGUCUUCUUGUUCUGUGAAGAUGGCAUGGUGCCCUCCGCCUUUGCAUAUACUCUCUCAGUAUUAAUUCCCAGUAAAUAAUAAGCAACCAACCAACCAACCAACCACACUUCCCUCUCCCGGCCCCAAGGCUAGAAAUUUCGCUGCUCCGUCUUAGCAUUCCAAGAAAGUGCUUCCAGGUAUGUAGAUAGCCCUCCAGCCUCCGACACUAGGCUACAUGUAAUCCGCGGAUGCCGCGGACCCCCGUCCCACCGUCUGUCCCCUUCCCUCCUCGGCUGACAGGAUGCAGGCUGAGGCAGUGUGGCCCGGGACUGACGGCCCAGGCGGGGAGUGUCCACAGUGAAAGGAGCAUGAGCCCCACCUCGGGGUGGGGGUCCCUGAUUUCUAGCUUCAACAAGCCGUGCCUCACAACAGUCACACGGGCUGUGACGCCUGUCUGGGCUGUGCCGGAACGCAGCAGGGGAGCUCCAGCUCAGGCUCAGGUGAGGGUGCCAUGCCUGACAGACACCCAGUCCUCUCACAGCUGUGUGACUGAUAGACAAAAUACUGCCUUCUGCCUUUGGGACCAUGAUUAAAACAGACAAAAAUAGAGGUCAUUUAAAAACACCCCAGCUUGAGAGGCACUGGGAAGUGACACGAGCUGAAUGUGUGUGGAUGCCGCGGCCAGCUCUCAGAACCGCCGUCUGUCUGUCAGGGUGGCUCAGGCCGGGCCUGGCUGGGAAAGUGCCCGAGGUUUUCAGGAGCUGCUUGCCUCCUGUGUCCCCUUCCCUGCCGCCAAACAAGUCUUUCCAGGACGAAGCUAAGGUUAAAAAUGAGUGAACGAACUUCAGUCUUUGUGUCUAUCGGCUGAAGCCCCUCAAUGUGAGGGUUGUAGAGGACUGGACGGUAGCUGUUGCUGACUGACUCACAGAUGCUAACACUUCCCCGCACAGGGGCAGGACGACGGGACGUUGGCCACGAACGUGGUGGUUCUGCGUGACAGACGGGUGUGACUGCUUUGGUGUUCUCUUUGCUCUGUCCUUGGAGCCGUGUGAAAAGCUGUAUUGCUACAGGCAAUUUAUUUAAUAAUUGGAAGCCAUAUUGAUAAUGGAUGUGGUAAUAUUUGUAAAGUUUAAUCUUUAAGCAGCAGUAACCUAAUGGAAUUUUUUUCCUUGAUCAUAUAUGUAGCACUUUUGUUACUUCUUAAAGAUAUUUAUAUUUGAUAAACCUUUUUUUCAUUUUGAGAACUCAAAAUACCAAACAGUGAACUUGAGUUAUAAAGUCACCCUGUGAUCACCUUGUCGUCUAGUAGCAAAAAUGAUGAACUAUUCAUGCAUUGAAGAAAAUUACAUCUGCUGGCCCUGUAUGAAAAUGAUUUCUCAGCAUCCCGGUUAAAUGACGCUGUCAGUGCGGUAAGGAUCGGCCCUCCCCUCGGGGCGAUGGCGGAGGGCGUGUCUGAGAGGGCACGCACCCUGCCUUUGCCCGGUCCAUCUCCUUCCUGCGGACAAUGGGGCCUUGUGUAAGGGGACUGUGGGUCCUUUUGUCCAUCACCUGAAAACGACUUCUAACAUAGAAGAAGGUGCCGUUUCCUUACCUCCCUCCCACCCCCACCAAUGUAUCCAACUUAAAACCAUUGAGAGUGAGACUUACUGACCUUCCCUUUUCUCUUUCUUGUUAGUGAGAUACUGCAUGUCGCCAGUCUCUCGCUGGUCUAACUCCACCGCAGGCACAUGGUGACGCCACCAGCUCGUGCCUGUGAGCCGGCGGGCGUCGGUGGGAGCCAGCCUGAGCGCGGGCGUCACGGUGCCACUGUGGGCCUGUGGCUUACGGGGCUGUCCGCAGGGCCUGGCCUGCUCUUGUCCGUGGAUUUCAGGGGGAAAUGUAUAUACUUUUUCACUUCCAAGAGCUGAAGUAGAAUGGAGUAGCCUUUUCUGUUUUACUGUGUUACUUGAACCAACAGAUUCAAGAGUAGCAUUUGUUCUCAGGAAUGACCCCCACUCGUUUUCUUUCUUGCCGUCUUUGACUUUUCGUUUAGAUUAGGAGGUUGUGUUACCUUUCUUUCCUUUUAUACGACUUAGAACUAUAACUUGUAUCUUUCCAUUUCUGUGGAAUUUUGUUGGCUUAUUCUAGGCUGAUUCAGAAAAAAAAGGGGGGGAGGGGGAGAAAAAUACACUUUCUGACAAGCCACAUCCAUGAUUGAUUAUUGUCAGGAGAUUAUUAUAAUAGAUAGCUUCUUUAUGAUGGGAUUGCUCGUCUGGCUUGUGCUUGCUGUUCUUUUUAAAGAAACAGACAAACUGUUAAGAAGACAGCUGCAGUUUCUAAAGAACUACAGUGAUUGCCAGAGAGGAGCUCAAAGGUUUCAUUGUUUUAAGACAUUUAAGGAAGGGGAGGGGGACAGAACGAAAAAGGAGAGCGAGUGUCCAGAGGCAGCACCAGGCCCCGUCUCGGAUCUCGGGAAGGAAGGGAUGUGUCCGGAGGAGCAGGAGGACUGCCGGCUCGCUCUCACCACUGCCUUACGUGCUCUUGCUUUUCACCAAGAGUAGACCUUUAGUUCUUAGGGGCGUACUGUUUUGUUUUUUACCAGGUUCCAUUCCACUCUCUUAUCCAGGUUACCUUAGUUAUUAUAAUGGCAUAUGGAGUUGCCACUAAUUUGUAAUAUUUUUGAAUCGUAAUACUUUUUCUGAAGUUUUCUUAGGUUUAAGAUGUGAUAUUGUAAUAGAAACUGCUCUCUUACUGAAGGGAAUAGCUGGGCUCUUAAAGAACCCCUGCUGUUCCCGUGGUCAUCCUGUCUCUCUCCUCUCUCUUCAUGGUGGGCUUUCUCCAGGGCUGAUCAGAUCAGAAGGCCGGGGGGUUGGAGGGAGGGGCUUGCCAGUUCAUGUCACUUGUCUGUAUUAUUGUUUUAAGACUUCAUUGAAUUACCGUGGUCACAUGGGUACACGUCCUUCCUAAAACAGAGCCUUACAAAGGGACCUCCUAACGAUGGACCAUCCUGAUGAAAUCUGCCUCUCCGUCUCCGUCCAUAACUCGAUGUUCCGUGAAGGCCCGGGAGAACAUCCGGUCCACUCUUAUCGGAGGUGGCCUAGUGCAGUGAGGACCAAACAGCAUCUUGGGGCAGGUGGGUGUGGUUCCUGCUCGUUGCCACUGGUGGGACAGCCUGCCCCACAUUCCCAUCUCCCCACAGAAAGGCAGGCUGGAGGGGAAGACCCCGAAGGCACCUGUACUUCAGCUCAGUAGAGGUGACCCCUAAAGAGAGGAGAAUGAGGAAUGAGGAGAUGCUCAGAAACAUGAAGUGUGCGGACCAGGACCCCAGUCGGGUUGGACAGCAGGCGAUGCAGGGCCAGGCAUCAGGUCACUUACCUCAAGGGGAUGGCUGGAGCGCACAGACACUGGUUUCUUUUCUGCAUUUGGCCUUUGUCUCUAUAAAUUUCUCUCCUGGAUCCCAGCCUUCAGGCGUCAAGUGUAGCUGCACUUCCUUUCAUCGGGACCUCCGGUCACAUCCUUUCCUCCGACCAGCAGCUCUUCCGUUCCUCCGGGCUCCGGCCCGGAGCCUCGGCACGCGCGUCCUGGCUGGAGCUGUUUGCAUGUAGGAGAGCGGCAUCUCCACCCGACACCCCUGCCGCCCAGCCUGGUGUUUCCUACCGGCCACAUGUCCCAUCGAUCAGCUACAUUCUCUCUGCCCAUAGCAGCGGAAGUAAUCCGUUCAUAAAUUAUCUCCCACUCCAGUCCUGAAAAUGUGAAAUUCAAGUCCUUUCUCUCUGUUCUGAAAGGUUUGGUAAGAAGCAUUCUUCCCAUUUAGCUCAUGUCUCUGCCUCCGCCUCCCCCCCUUUUCUUUUUUUACUGGGAACCACCAGAGUGUUUUCCCCAGUGAGUCUCACAGAUUCUUAGGCAAUAAUUGUCUUGUUGGUGAUCCCCUGAGCAGCUCUGCCCCUCGGCUGAGCACUGGUUUUCCGUGUUCCUCUCGCCUGUGACUUAAACCUCCUGCCAUUUUGUUGUGUUAGUGACGCUUCACGACUGCAUCCGUCAGGUUGCGCUGAGCCCACCAGACCACGGACAGCUUUCCUGAGCCGGCUCUGUCGGGAGCCCCGCAUGGACGCUGGCAUGUGGGCCCGCUCCUCCUGGUGGCUCCUUGUGGGGUGUCGGGUGCUGCAGGAGUGGCGUGCGGGCGGAAUUCCGCAUGUGAUACCUUCCUUGCUGUGUGCUCGUGGAAUAGCAGGGAUGCUUCCUCAGGAUUUGGGGGUCGGCUGUCGGCCAUAUUGAAUUUGGCAAACUGAGCUGCAUGUCCUGAAGCCCUUUACUGUCCCUUCAUUUCCAGGGUCUAGUCAGUCACCUUGUCGGGCCUGAGUUACCCCGGGGAAGGUCUCCCCGGAGGCAGCCAUCCUGGCCAGGCAGGCCCUUCUCUGUGCUGCGUGCUCUGUCUGGGAGAGACUCCCUUACGCGGGGGAAGUAGGUGGUGGGAAAGGCUUUCUGGUCAUCGCGCCUAAGAAGCCAUCGCCGCGGGCCGAAGCUCCUCCCACAGCAGGCUCUGCAGGGAGAGGCUGCUCAGUCCUCUCACGGCUGAGGCCCAGGUUGGUCCACUGACCUCUGGGCACAGCUUCGUUCGUGUCUGUGUGCAGUCAGACGCCUGAGUUUACAACCGAGAAGUUUCCACACCAGCAGCAUUCCUCUUUCGUGGUGGGGAAGAGUAGCAGCAGCAAAAAGAACGCUAAGGACCCGAGAAACCCAAUUUCCUGAAAUAUUGGUUUUCUUUUGAGAUCAAGAAGGGAGGGAACAGAGAAGAGGGAAAAUCCCGCUGCACCCAACAGUCUCCCAUCCCCUCACCCCCUUACCCAAGGGGCUGGAGCAUGUCGAUGCCUUGGGAUCCCAGACAUGCGUGUUCCCGGACUCCUCUCCAUCAUUCCUUGCGUGGCCUCGGGGCCAGGCCGUGAGCAGAACUAAAUCUAGCUGAUCCCACUGAAGUGAGAGCUAACUGGCACUUUUUACACCAGAGUUUACACGUUUCACACCUCGUCUCAUUAGCCAGCUCCCUGAGAACAGGGAAGGAGUUCUCUGCGGGCGCUUUGCCUUCCUCCUGACGUCACUUUUACUUGGCAGGUUCUUGGAUCAGUUCGCCCGGUACUGUCCCCUCCGGUGGGUGUCAGUGCCCACGGCAUCGCCUGCGUGGGGCGCAGCCAAGGGCACAGCCACCACCUGCCACACGCCGGCCAGGGGGGGCCUGUGUGCACAGCUUGGCAUGCUCCGUGCAUCUUGGGGUGCCGGCUGCAUUUUCAUUCUCCCCCUUUAAAAUUAAAGAUGCUGCACAGCCAUAAUUAACUCUCAAAUUCACAUGGGUGUGCUGUGAUCAAACGAAGGUUUGCCUGAAUCCUUUCAAAUUGUAACCAUGGUAAUUGAGGGGGUGGCACAGAGUGAGUAUAUAAAAAUAUGAUGACAAUUGUUCUGAAUGACUGAGUGUCCUCCUGCCUGUAAUUAGCUGCCUUGGUGAGAUGUGAAUUGGCAUGGCCAUAAUUAAAAGGAUUUCUGUCCUCUGUGCCAUUGAAAGGGGCUGCUCCCCACCCUGUUCCCUUCAGCACGAAUGCCCCCCAGAACACUGAGAGCUGCAGCUCAGCAAACUGAAGUAAUGACAGGGUGUCUGUCCUCUCCGAAGUGAGUGGAGGAUUUGGAGAUAAUUCAAUUUCAAAAUGGAAGCCUUUGGGUAGUUCCCCGUUUGACUUCUGAAGUCUCUGAAACCUGCCUCUCGCAUCAGUCCCAGCCUGCCCACAUGGCAUUAGUCAGAGUCCCAACUGCGUCGGCUGAGACAGGCCCUCCUGACCCUCCGUCCUACUUGCCAGCGUCUGCUGUUGGCCUGACCCGAGCCAUUUAUUGCUUCACCAGCCCCCUAGGGUUUUAAAAAUGCCCUUUUUUAUAUUUCCAUGGCCAUCUUCAUCAGAAAGUCAUUAUCAAAUAGGCAUUCACACAUGAGCUAAAUAGGAUUUUCCUCAUUGGAUCGCAUGACACAGACACAUAAACUAGCAUACAUGGGCUUUAACCAGCUGUGAGGCAUGAAUGGCAUCCUGAUGUGUGCAAUGUCCCUAAGUUUCUGGACCAAGAGGACACACGCGAGAUCCACCAAGUUUCCCAUCGCUCCUGCACAGGUUAACUACCGCGCUCACAUCGGCGGCCUGCAGCCCUCCCUCCGAGCUUCCCCACUGCCGCCUCCCACUCCAUCUCCUUCCUCUCUCUUUCCUUCGAGCUGUCCUGCCAGCUCAGGUGGUCCCCGUGCUCCUCCCCUGGCGGAGCUGCAGGUUGCCAUCCAGCCUUCCUCUACAGUCUGCUUCCUUCGGCCCUACCCUCGCCUGCAGAAUCUACUCCGGUCUAUUCCGUGUGCGAUCAAGAGCACGUGCACACAAGGCCAGGACUUAACGUCCUGCCCAGGGCCCUGGCCAAGCUGCUUCCUCCCACGGGGCGGGGCCUGCCUGGCCAGCACCGGCCCCACAAAACACUAAAGGGAACCAGCUCUUGCUUCUGUUCUCAUAUUGCGGCUCAUCCUUAAAUACAUACAGCCUUUCCCCUCUGCACAUUCCAGAAGGAAUCCUAACCCAUGCUGGUUGCUCUUCAGUUUCAUGAAAUACCUACAGUCAAAUGCAUAGUUGGGCUCCAUCAGGAAAAAGUGCCAUAUAAGGUUUUUACUCAUUGCUUCUCUUCCUAUGAGAUCUAAACACUGCUGUCAACCCCACCGACACACAACUCGUGUGAAGUCACGAAACUUUUCAGUGGGAUCUUGUCCAUCUUCUUCAGUUGGAAAGACUGGAUUUAUGACCCCAAAAAGUAUCCCAUCCCCCCCUCCCCAGCUACUAAAAGUAACUCGCCGUUAGAUUACAGAAACUAGAGUAGAGAUGCUUCCUUCUAGAUGGAAACACUAGCAAAGCCACAUGCAGCCUCACGGAGCCCAGGCCCCCCUGUGACGGCAGCAUUUACUGAGCGUCUGUGCUGGGCGCUGCGAGAGGGCCUUCACCGCCUCCUGACCCGCCCUCCUGGGGCUCCUCCAUGGGUCCAGGCGAGUCAAGUCUCCAUGUGUCCUGCGUCUUGGCAGGGUGGCGUCCGCUGCAGUGCUCUGCGUCAGUCCCUGUUCCGUUUUCUCCUCCGGCCCCGCGGCAUCCCCCUGUGCACUUGGUUCCCUGGGACGCCAGACUGUCACCUGAUGAUCGAGACACCGAGGGCCUCCCCGGGCAGCGGGGCGAGGAGCCUCAUGGCUGAGUCUGUGGAGGGGAGGUGUUGCCUUCGCUGGAGAAAGGUCACAGCUGUCUUGGAGCCCCCGUUCCAAGGGGCUGGGGUUUUCAAGCUCCCCUAGGGCAGCUCCAGUUGAGAGCUGCAGGGAAUAAUCUCUCACUCCCUGUUCCCUCUGUCGAGCUCUUUCAGCCGUUCCCCGGUGCCUGGUGCUUCAGGCAGCCUGCUUGUUGAAAGGUGUCUUGCUAAGCCAUUCCACCUCAUUCUGCCAUCCCUUCUGUCACUGUCCAGAGGGGCUGGGCCAGUGCUUAUGUGGACUGGAGGCCCUGCAAUCCCAAUGUCCCAUGUCCGCCCACCCAGCUCCAUGGGGUCCUAGUGACCUUGAGUUGUCAGCAAAGCCACACCCAGCCAAGGGGCCGGCUGCCCAGGGUCUGUGUGGCGGCUCACUGAGGACUCCCUCACUAAAUCCAUGUCCCCCUCUCCCUUCCCCAGGGCCGGUCUGUUCUGAUCUGCGCUGUCCUAGGCCUCCAUUAAGCCCAAGAGCGUGGAAACCACCCAGGAGCAAGGCCCCGGGGGGGCGGGGGAGGGGCCUGUGUGAGGUCCCCAGGCCAGCUCCCGGGGGCCCUGGUCCCUGUAACAGGGACCUUGUCUCAUUGGCCACGGGGUUUUGGUUAUCAACACGAAGGGAGAAGGCAGCCACACCUGCCAUUUAGGUACCGAUCCAGAUUGGCAUCUUUGGUGGCAUUUGGGCACCACUGACAUUGUGGAGAGGAGACGCUGACUCCCCUCCAAGGGAACCCAUGGCUCACAGCCGGACGGGCCACAGAGCCAGGCUUCCACCAGCUGUGGCUGCUUCCCACCUCUUCCGGGCCCUGCUUCGGCCUCAGGCUUGUUUUCUGGCUUCCUGGGAGCACAGCCACCUCGCCCACUUUGCUUUACUGGAACCAAGAGCCCCGCAUACAAUAGUGAGGGUCACUUUUCCACUUGGUCAUCCACUGAAGCUGUUAAACCAGAAGCAGGGCCUUAGUGCCGCGUGAAUGUAAACAGCGGCCUCUGGUGACUGACACUCCACACGCUUUCCCGCCCGCGUCCUGGGGGUGGGCGGCACGGACAGUGGACAGACAAGGGCGAGGGUGCAGCUGUGGCCUCUCAGGAGCAUCGCUGCUGGUUGUCUGCCCGAAGCCGCACCUCAGUGUGUUAGUCAGUGACCCCCUGGCACCGCGUCUGAAAAGGGGCUCCGCAAACCAAACCAAAGUUCCAGGUGCGGGCUCUUCGCUGUUGGCUGGUUUUGCAAAAACACUCCUCUUAGAAGGGCCUCUUCUCCUGGUGUUCGCUCUCCCCCAUAGCAGCACGUCUGUGCAGCCGGCGCUGGGCCGCACACCUCCCGGAGAGAGGCCUCGCUGGGCCCAGCCCAGACUCACCAGGCUGCCAGGCAGACGCCAUCCCUGCCAGAUGCCAAGAACAUCCCAGUUGCCUCCCCUGGAAGAGCCCACAGCCUUCCCCGACUCCCCACGGGCUCCCCUCUGUGCCAUGGCCAUGGCCACUGGUAUGCGGUACCUUCCAAGCAUAAAGUUCUUUAUGAUUUUUAAGUGCCUAAGCAAGUUACAGACCUCUGGGCCCUGCCCGCCCUCCCCACCCACACUUGGCCCUCAAGGGAAAGCGUGUGGCUGCUGUCCAGGGUCCCAGCUUCUACAAGCAGAACAGCUAAGCCUCCCCCCCCCCCCCAAACACACACACACACCCCAUCGGGCUGGCCUGUCACUCCUGUGCUGCUGCUUCAGGGUGUUCCUGUCGAUGGGGUCAUGGUCUUGGUUCAGAGAGAAUGUUGAGGGCCUGCUUAGCAAUGGCUGUAGCUGCUGAGGGAAGAGGGUAGGGGAGCAGCAACUUCUGUCGGUAGCUGCCAAGCACAUCCAGAACCGAGAGGCCGGAGUGAAGGGAUGACGGCUCAUUUGCCACCGGGAGGCACCGGGACCCUGGCCCCCGUCCUCCUCCUAGGCUCGAGGUUCAGAGCAGCUGUGCACGGACGGGGCUCGGGGAUGACUGCCUCGGCGGGAAGGAGACCAGAAGCGCGUCUUGAAAAUGAGUGUGAGAUUCUGUGUUUGCUUUUCUCGUUCAGUCUGACCUGGAUCAGGGCCUUUAUUCCCUCCUCGGUGGGCGCACGGAGGUUCUUCCGUGACCCCUCGCUGUUCACAUCUCGGCACUAAGCAAUGCUCACGUGGUUUGUUGGUGUGUUAGAAGGUUUUGCAAAAUGGAAUAAUCCAUAGCCAGGCACUUUAUUUUAAUUAAUAAUCCAACAUUUUUGUUCAGACAAUGAACAACCCAACCGCUGGGCAUCCCUUAACACGGAGGGGCCCCUUUGCCCGAGGGGUUCUCCCGCGUCGGGCAGAGGAGGGGGCGGUGGGUCAAGGAUAAACGGGGGUGUUGCCUGGGUGACGUGGCUGCAGGCCUUCCCGGAGGCCACCAGCCUGGAUGCGCAGUCGCCGCCCCUCCGUCCUCCAGAUGCUAUUUUUACAGGUCCUCCCGAGUGCUUGUCAAUUACCCGGCUUGUAAUUGAGAGAGAGAUGAAUGUAGGGAGAGUGCAGCGAGCGGGAACAACAGUGCAAUGCAAUUAGCGGCAGGAAGGGGCCCGGCUUCCUUUCACUUAACUGGACUUGAACUCUGGAGCUUGCGGGGCGCUGGGAGUGUUCCGAGGCGAAGCGGUGUGCAGCUCCGUCUUCCUGGCGCUGCAGGUGGGAAGCAGCUGGCACAGCGCGUGAGCGACGGGCGCGAGCUUGGCCUCCAAUGUGACCCGACGCCGCGGGCCCGGGCCUCGGGGCUGCCUGGGAGCUCUUAGCAUCCACCAAAUACUCGCGUGUCUGCAGGGCCGUCCGGAGCCUCCUGCGGGGCUCUCCUGUGUCUUCGUCUGUGUUUCCCUCUGGCGUCCCAGUCUCUGUCCCCACCUGUGCACCAUGUGUCCCCGAGGGGAGUCGCACCUGUGUCUGAGUCUGCUGUAAGGUGUUCAGUCUACCUCAACGGGUCACCAUGGUCAGCUCCGCCCCAUAGCAGUCCUCCCCACAUGGCCACACACACUGGAAUGUAUAUGUGCCCGGCCCUGCCUUCCCCAUCAGUAACCUCCUGUCCCCAUCUUUCCUGUAAUCACCACAAACUCCUAGUGCAAAUUGGAUGCUGCUUUAAAUGUGAAAACAAUUGUUCAAAAGCUAUAAAACCUGAAUGAAAGCUAAAGCUGAAUUUAUAAGCCUUGUUGCAUAUGAGCCAAAAGUGCAAAAAGCUCUAUAUAAUGAACUAACCUGCCACUCAUAUAAAUAUAAAUAUAUAUAAAUAUAUUAAAAUCAGACUGUUCUACAAAAUUGUGUAUUUGUAUUUUUGUGUACGUACAAUUUUCUGCUAAGCAGAAGGAGGAUGUAGUAUAGGAUGCUGUGAGAAGAGAUUUGGUUUAAUCCUAUUUCUUUGUUACUUAUUUUUGUUAACAUCAGAUGCCUGUCUUCGUCUUCUCUGUGUAUGACACUGUUUGGAAAGCUGCAGUAUCUCUCUUCCUCAGUCCAGAGUCCGCUAGAGAGUGAAACCUGGGGCUUAGAGUUGCCAGGCCCCACACUCGGUCAGUGGAGCUGCCCGCGGAGCUGCAGUGGGACUGAGGGCCGGCAGGGCCUGGGGAAGCGAGAUCCCACUUCCUCUUAGAGAUCGGCUUCCAGCAAAAGCGAUUGUUAGAUCUGUUUACCAGAUCCUCCCGCUCAACCAGAGGGGCAGGGGACGCAGGGCCUCUGAGGAGGGGGCUCUGCCUGGCUCCCAGGUCAUUGGCCGCCCCGGACCCCUGUCCCUCUGAGUAGUUGCUGCCUUUUUCAGAUCAAGUUACCGAAAUGCCUCCCUUCUGCUGAGCUGCUGGCGCGUCACCACCCAGCCCUCCAGCAGGCUCCCCGAGCGUCUCAGAACCCCUUUCCCGGUGCUAACACACAAGGCGGGGAAAGUGGCUGCCCAUCAUGGCCAGAAAGCCCCUCGGGGAGGCCAGGCCGGGAGACAGGCUCCAGGUGCCCAGGGCAGCCAGCCCUUCCUCGGGAGGAAGGCGCCCCACAGCCCUGGCCGCUGACCCCCUGCCCACACCUCAGCCCCACGUGGUCCCCUUGCUGUGAGCCUUCUCCAGGGAGAGUGAUACUGCAGCUUCACCUGUGGGACUCAUUUAUAACAGUGUGUGAUGACUGUAGAAGCAGCCCUUGUUUCUAGAUGUGAAUGGUCCAAGGAACAAGUGCUCUAUUGUAUUAAUUAAAAUAGUUCAAUGAGUCCUGUAUCAUUGUAUCUCCUAUUCUGGAUUAGUGCCUUUUGGACAGUAGACUGUUCUGUAAUUAAAAUGUAGUAUAUACUGCUUUUUUGUACAGUUUUUGUUUUAAUAAAACUUUUUUUUAAUUUGUGUUUAUUUUAGUAUUGUACCUAUUAGAGAAUAAAAUGUAUAACUGAA